AUGCAUGUUCAAGUGAUUUUUGUUUGUCUCGCUUGUUGGCUUUUUCUUCUUGUCUCGGAUAUCAACGGUGCUGAAUGCUCAUUUCAACACUGCGUAACAGCCAAGAGAGCUGUAUCAGGCUUCGAAAAACAUAUCGAGAGAUUUCAUUUGAAGAUUCCAUCCAAGCGGCUUGAAGAAAUGCGACUCAUGAAAUACCUUGGCUUAUUGCGUGGUUCCGAUCUACCGGCUCGUAUUCGUCACGGUACCGAAUUUCCAAGCGAAUGUCUGGAGUUAACACUGGCCGAUCUUGAAACCAUUUGUUAA